CCGCCAGGACGUAUCUAGAGCUCCUCUUGUUCCUUUUCUUCCCGGCUUGGUGCUGCGUGCUGCUAGAUCCUGGUUGAGUGCACUUGAGUGAGUGUCUGUUCCUACCGUUCCAAGGGCCUCAUGGUAUCAACAGGAUGGCGUACUGCGUGCGCCGUCAUCGUCAUUCUCGUCGGCGCAGCCCUGCUCACCUUCGGCAUAUUCGUGUGGCGGCGGGCGAAGAUGCUGCGCCGCGGGGCAGGCGCUCCGCAUCCGCGCUCAGACAUGCAACAGCGCUUCAUGCAUGCGACGUACGCCUUCGAUCCCGAGGCGCACACCCCGCUGCUCUACUCCGAGGCGACGCCUCCGCUGCCGCCGAAGACGCAGCCCUCGACCCGCCAGGCUGAGGCUGAGGCUGAGCGGUACGGCGAUGCGGACGCGGAGGCGGAUGAGUGGGGGUUCAGGCUGCGCCCGCCGCCCACAAGGGUACCCGUCCCCCCAAUGUACCCCACCGAGCCCGAGCCCCAACUUGAACCCACAGAGGGAAGCCCGCGCCCACGCAGCACCCCCGACGCCGCAGCCAACGCCAUACCCGUGCCGGAGCCUUCAGCCGUGCAUAAGUUCUUCGCGAACUCCGCGCUCCUGCAGUUCCCGAAGAUCCAGUUUACUCGGGAUCCAGCUACCCGACGUCUUCCCUCCCUGCACAUCCAAUUCCUCCGCGAGUCGAACCAGGUGGUCUCAUCGCCAGUGAACACUGCGUUCCCAGACGACAGCAAGCGUGCGAGCUUGCAAGAAAGCACGUCCUCCGGCCCGUCGAUAUUCAGCCGGCCAUUCGCGACGAUGGCCAAUUCCCCACUCCCGCCCGUCGCCCCGCUCUCUCCAUUCUCCAUGGACCCCGAGCCUCAGGUGGAACCGCAGACAUCAAUGAGCACCGCGCCGACCGGACGCAACGACUCUAUCACGAGCAUCGGGCACCACCUCUUCGCGCGCGCCACGUCCACCGACUCCGUGUCCGAAGCGACGUUCUCGCGCACCACCUCGCAGCGCAGCGCGCCCAAGCUCUCGCCCGCGCCCAGCGUGCUCGCGCGCGGGAACGGCUCCGCGUCGAGCUCGAGCGCGGGCACGUCGAGCUCCGGGCUCGGGGCGUGGGCCCCGAACGUGAUGGCGAGCUACUCGCCGUGGAAGGGCGUCGUGCGCGGGAGCUGGUCGGAACCGGGGGCUCCGUCGCCGGGGCGCGUCGAGUCUCCAGAGGGGCACCUGCGUGUUGCGGAUGCGUGGCGGCCGAUGCCGACGCUGGAGGAGAACUUCAGCUUGGAGAACGUCGCGCUGGGCGGGUCGGUGCCGCGGCGUUUGCCUGGACCUCUAGAUCUGGAGUGUCCACCGUCGGAAUGUCCGCCGUCUCCGCCGCUGCCGCUACCGUUUCCUGAGCCUGCGUUGUCGAAGCCGCCAUCGCCACUGCUGCCGCUGCCGUUUCCCGAGCCAGAGCUGUCGACAACGUUAACACCGUCCCCGCCGGUGCCAUCUAUACCGCCACCACCGCCGCCUGAGCCUCCAUCGAGUGCGCGGGCACCUGAUACUCCGCCUGCGGAUCCAGCUGUCUUCCCGCUGCCCCCAAGUCCUCCGCCUUCGGAGACAAAUUCGCCGUCGCCACCGUGA